AUGGCGACGACACGAUCCGCACCGCUCCUCAAGCACCUACUGACCCGCCUGAACCAGGCCCGAUCAGUCACCUAUAUGCCCCGCCCCGGCGACGGCACACCACGGGCCGUGACGCUGAUCCCGGGCGACGGAAUCGGUCCUUUGGUGACCGGCGCUGUGGAGCAGGUGAUGGAGGCGAUGCACGCACCUGUGUACUUCGAGAAGUACGAUGUUCACGGCGACAUGAAGGCAGUGCCCGCGGAGGUGCUGGAAUCGGUGAGGAAGAACAAGGUGUGUCUGAAGGGAGGGCUGGCGACACCGAUGGGCGGUGGCGUGAGCUCGCUGAACGUGCAGCUGAGGAAGGAGCUGGAUCUCUAUGCCUCGCUCGUUAACUGUUUCAACCUCCCUGGCCUUCCCACGCGCCACGAGAACGUCGACAUCGUCGUCAUUAGGGAGAACACCGAGGGCGAGUAUUCCGGCCUCGAACACGAGGUCGUUCCCGGCGUCGUCGAAAGCCUCAAGGUAAUAACAAAGUUCUGUUCAGAGCGCAUUGCUAAAUAUGCUUUCGAGUAUGCUUACCUAAAUAAUAGAAAGAAGGUGACUGCUGUGCACAAAGCAAACAUUAUGAAACUUGCAGAUGGUUUAUUCUUGGAAUCUUGUCGAGAGGUUGCCACAAGGUAUCCUGGGAUCAAGUACAAUGAAAUUAUUGUAGACAACUGCUGCAUGCAGCUUGUUUCAAAGCCUGAGCAGUUUGAUGUCAUGGUAACCCCCAAUCUUUAUGGGAAUCUUGUUGCAAAUACAGCAGCAGGUAUUGCUGGAGGCACUGGAGUCAUGCCGGGAGGUAACGUCGGGGCUGAUCACGCUGUGUUCGAACAAGGUGCUUCAGCAGGAAAUGUCGGGAAUGAGAAAGUAGUAGAACAACAGAAAGCCAACCCUGUGGCACUCCUUCUUUCGUCAUCCAUGAUGCUUAGACAUCUUCAGUUUCCUGCAUUUGCUGACCGAUUGGAAACUGCCGUAAAGAAAGUGAUUCUGGAGGGUAAAUAUCGGACAAAGGACCUUGGAGGCACAAGCACCACACAAGAGGUUGCUGAUGCAGUGAUAGAUGCUUUAGAUUGA